CUUGGCCGCUGUGCCCUGCAGUUGCCUGUUCUGGUUCAGCCGCUCCCAGACGCGGUGCUUCGCUGGGCCGAGGGCUCAGCCUGUCCCUCUCCUCCUCGCAGCCACACCAACGCCCGGCUCCGAACGGAGGUGGAGAUGUUUGAGAAAUGGAACUGUAAGAUGGAGCCCUGCAGCCCGCUGCUCCAGCUGCCGUCCGAGAUGCGCAAUGCCGCACCGGAGCUGACACAGACACGUGGCAGGUCCAAAUCCAAGUUGCAUAGUGCAACAGAUUAUUUUGUAGGCCUGACAGUGGAGCAGAAACAUGAGCUGGCUGAGUGGGAGCCGACUGAGAUGAAGGAUGAGAUUCAGAUGAUGGAGGACUGGGAGCAGACCUUGCAGAACCUUGAUGCAGUCAUAGAAGAAGCAGAUGUUUGGUGGACUGAUGUUAAGAAAGCCAUCAGUGACUUUGAGAAAGACAUCAUCAGCACCAUCUCCAGCAAGAAAGGCAGUAUCAUAGCUUCUGAGAAGUUGCUGAGAUACAUGGAGGAGAAGAAUUGCCAGAGGGAUCUGCUGAGAGAGACGUUGUGCUUAGAAAACUCUUUGCUCAAGAGUUACAAGAAGAAGCUGCAGCAGCAGCUCAGGCAGAAGGAGCAGAUGGGAGAGACACCCUGUGAGGUCCGUUUGCAGCAGCUGCAGGUUAGAAAUGACCAGUACCAGAAGAUUGAUGAGAAGAACCAAGAGCUGCUGCAGCUAAAACUGACCUCAGAGAAGACUGCCCAAGCCCUCAACUUCUAUAAGAGGAAGCUGCAGGACGCCAUGGCAACAUCCACGUCUCUGAUGAAAGAGAUCUCCCAGAGGAAGGAGCUGCUGGAGAAAAUUGAAAGAGAAGCUGCUCUGAUGGAGGAGCAAUGAGCCAAAGCUGAGAGUGUGAAUUGGCGGCUGCGGAAGCAGCUCUCGGACUAUGGUGUCCUUCCUGUGCUGGGUUACGUGCAGAAGAAGAUGGCUGUUACCGACCUUGAGAACAGCCUCAAGGCUUGGGAGAGGAAGGUGGCUGUUGCUGAGAUGUGCUUGCAAAGCUACCGCAGAACAUGGAACCAGGUCAAGAUGUCUGAUAACCAGCAGUAG